CUGCUGGAGCAACAUGUCUGCUUCUGUUCGGAGCAGAGAUGCUAAAUAAAAAGCUGCUGAAGUGGAAUUUCGAUCAAUGAGUCCCCGACGGACGGUGAGAUGAUUUGUCAAGGAGCAAAGGACGCGUGGUGAAGCGAUGGCGCUCGGGCGAGGCUCCAAGAAGUCCAUGUCAUGUGACCAGGUGGUCACACCUGCUCCUCUGCACAACGGGGUAGAAGCUGGAGGCCAGACUGUGGCUCCGCCUUCCAGGAAGGCUCCGCCCACCAGGAAGGCUCAGUCCUGUAAGUGUCUCCUGGCCUUCCUCAUCAUCAUCCUCACAGCAGCAGGAGCCACACUGGCCUGGUUCUUCCUGGAUUACAGGAUCUGGGUGCUGGAGCCUCGAGUCCAGCAGCAGUACUCGGCCUACAUGUCCAUCCUCAACAGGAACUUCUCCUCCGAUCUGUCCACUCACAGCAGCCCGGCAUUCAAGAAAGAGGCCAAGGAGGUCCAGAUCCUGGUAAAGAAGAUAAUAAUGGGCUCCAGUCUUUCUAGAUACUUCAACUACACCACUGUGUUCGCCUUUGGGGAGGGGAGCGUCGUGGCUCAUUUCUGGAUAGUGAUGUCGGUGCCGGGCAGCCAUGUUGGGAGGGUCACCCUGGAGAAGGUCACCAGCAGCCUGGAGGAGGGCCUGAGGGGGUGCGGAGGGUCGGGGGCGGAGCAGACGGCCAGCUGCAGCGGAUACCUCCUCCACCUCCCCUCGCUGUCUGUCAGUGAAACCGACUCCAAAGUUGUAGAGCUUUUGAGAGCCUCAUUUGACUGUUACCGCUACCAGAAGGUGUCGUCCAGCAGCCGCUCGGCCCUCCGGGGCCCCGACACGCAGCGCUCCUCCUGCAUGUGGCACCUCCAGGCCGACCCCGGCUCCCAGCUGGAGCUCCACAUGGAGUGGCUGCUGCCGGAGUGCCGGGACCGGCUGGUGGUGUACGACUCCCUCACCCCGUCUGAUUCUCACCUCAUCACAUCUGUGUAUGGCUGCAGCAGACAUGAGCGUGUGGUGGACGUCGUGUCUUCAGGCGAGUGGAUGACGGUGGUCUGGAAACAGGGUCUGUACCACUACAAGGACCCGUUCUCCCUGUCUGCACAGGCCUGGGACCACCAGGAGUGUAACUCCACUAUAGAGCUGAAGGCAGUACCAGGGGUCCAGGGGACACUGAGGACGCCCUUCUUCCCCAGCUACUACCCCGACACCAACUGUACCUGGAGCUUUACUACGCCCAGUGUAGGGAUGGGCUUGUCUCUGGAGUUUGAGGGCUACGAGCUGAGCAGAGCCAGCUACAACCAGGCCUGUACCCAGGGACAGUGGACCAUCCAGAACCGCAGACUGUGUGGCUCCAGAGGCCUGCAGCCGUACAAUGAACGCCUCUUCCUGCUCUCCACGGUGACCACCGUCGUCAUGACGUCGGAGGUGUCGCUCACAGGGCCGGGACUCCAGCUGCACUACAGAGUCUUCAACCUAUCAGAUCCGUGUCCAGGUCAGUCUCUGUGCUCGGUUAACGGCCUGUGUGUUCCUGCCUGUGAUGGAAUCAGGGACUGUCCCAACGGACUGGACGAGAGGAACUGUGUGUGUGUGGCACAGUUCCAGUGUCCAGAGGACAGUCGGUGUGUGGACUAUUACAAGGUGUGUGACCAACUCCCAGACUGCCCUGAAGCAUCAGACGAGAUGAACUGCACCAAUGGUGUGCAGUGUACAGAUAUGACCCAUGUGUGCGAUGAUGGAACGUGUCUGAAGAAGCCGAACCCUGAGUGUGACUUUGUCGCCGACUGCCCCGACGCCUCAGACGAGAAGCAAUGUGACUGCGGCCUUAGGCAGUUCUCCAGCCGAAUAGUGGGAGGGACUAAUGCCACGGAGGGGGAGUGGCCAUGGCAGGCCAGCCUUCAGGUGCAGGGAACCCACAUCUGCGGGGGGGCGUUGAUCUCCAGCCAAUGGGUGGUGUCCGCUGCCCACUGUUUCUAUGACGACAGCCUCUACUCCCCCUCGGUGUGGACUGUCUACCUGGGUAAACUCCUGCUCAACCCCAGCAGUCCCACUGAAGAGGUGGCCCGAGUCCAGCGGAUCCACCUUCACCAGUACUACGACCACGAGUCCCACGACUACGACCUGGCCCUGCUGAAGCUGGACCGGCCCGCCUCCGCGCUUCUGGCUGGACACGCCCGGCCCGCCUGCCUGCCUCCGCCGGCCCACCAGCUGGAGCCGGGCCUGCUCUGCUGGGUCACCGGCUGGGGGCUCUACGCGAGGGGUGGCAGAGCCAGUAAUGUGCUUCAGAAGGUGGAUGUUCGUCUGGUCAGCGAGGAGGCCUGCGUCCGCUCCUACGGCAACCUGGUCACUCCCAGAAUGCUUUGCGCUGGUUACCGCAGUGGAGACAAAGACGCCUGUCAGGGGGACUCUGGCGGUCCGUUGGUGUGCCAGGAGCCGUCGGGUCGCUGGUUCCUCGCCGGCGUGGUGAGCUGGGGCAAAGGCUGCGGGCGUCCAGACUACUACGGCGUCUACACUCGAGUCACCAGGCUCACCGGCUGGAUCAAACAGGUCAUCGGCACCUGAGACAUCGUCGUCAUCUUUAUAUCAAUAUCCUCAUAACCCUGCAAAUGAAAACCACGUGAGGAUAAGAAAUGCUGGAAGAUGAUUUUGAGAUCUCAGCCGAACAGCAAGGUGGUAAAGUGAGAAAGGCUUUAUUUAAAAGUCAUAAAGUAAUAGAGCUAAUAAUAUAAUCAACUUUAUUUAUGCAGCAGCUUUCAGAAAUGAUAUUAUGAAGUGUUUAUCCAGCAUGCAGAUAAACACAAACCAAAAUAGUGAAAAUAAAACGAUAUGUUAUAAAGAAUAGGACUCAAAUAAAAUACUUUUUUAGAAAUGAUUAAGAAACAUAAUGAUUGUUUGACUUGACUGUAAAGAUCAUAAAUACUCUAAUUCACAUGAAUACAGACUGAAUGUUUAUUUUAAAGAUAUUGAACUUAAAUCAUUUUUCAUAUAAUAAAGCAUAUUUCUGUUUUGUAAUCAUGUUUGCAAUAAACUGUGUUUGUUAAGAUG